CGUUAACGUAGUUCAGUACGCUCUCUGACGCCACGGGGGCUGGACGUGAUUUUUGAGAAAUAUUUCGGACGUGUUCACACGCGAUCUGUAUUAUAUAACGUUCUGUGUUUGUUUUGUGAACCGACUUUUGACAAGGAUGUAUUGAGCGCUGAGAAGAAUGCCGCCUACCUCCAUCCGUUGAGAUAACGCCAAUGUGCAGCAAUGUGUUACGGACAUAGCGCAGUGGUUUUUCGUGUGUGAUGUGAGAGACAUUAUGUCAAGCCGGUGGUUGGCGAUGGCGGUCGUGAUGGUGGUGGCCGGUGCGGUGCGGGGGUGGGACUGUGUUUGCAACCCUAGGGAGUGCGAGGCGUUGGAGCCGAGUGGGUGCCCAGGGCUGGGCAUCGUUGUGUGGGAUCCUUGCAGAUGCUGCAAAGUUUGCGCAAGAACGCAAGGUGAAGACUGUGGAGGCUUCAGGGGUACAUGCGAGCCAGGUCUCAAGUGUUAUGAGGGCUCUUGUACGCCCAUAACGUGAACAACAGACAAACAAACUUGUAAUAUAUGUGUAUAGUGUUGAAUAGAACAUAUCCCCGAAGUAUCAGAGGACCAGCGGUAGCAACAGUAGAAGUCUCACGAUAUAGAAAUGUCAGUGACAAUAAAAAAAUUAGAAGUGCGGGGCGAUUUCAUUGUAAAUUUUCCGUAGUCAGUUGACAACUGACGGGUUUUGUAUACAAAGUUAGGUGUUCAUUCUAACUGUUAUAUGUCGUAAUGUAUAUGCCUCAUGUUUAUUUUAAAAUGAGAUUAUUUUAAAGUUAAUGAAAUACAUGAUAAAAACUUUCUAUAACUAAUCCUAAGCUGCUUAAGCGUUAGUAUAUUAUUUUUCCGUGUAUUUUAUAAAUAAAUAAAUAUGUAUAGACAAAUCACACAGAUUGAGUUGGCCCCAAAAUAAGUUAGAGACUUGUGUUAUGUGAUACUAACUCAAUGAUACUAUAUUUUAUAACAUAUACAUAUAUAAAUAAACAUCCAAGAUCCAAGUCAAUCUGAAAAAGUUCAUUUUCCAUGUUGAGCUGACCGGGGAUCGAACCCGGGACCUCAAGUGUAGGAGCCCGGCGUGAUGAUCAUUAGGCCACGUCGUCGUGAGGUCGUCGGUCAUCAUCUCAUGCAAUUCUUUAGUCGACUAACCUUGGUAUAAAAUGUCUGUUUAAGAUAACAUUUUUUAUGAAAUAUAUGGAUUUCAUUUGGUAUUUCCAUUUGCCACUAUGAAUAUUUUUGGUUACAUGAAAUCCAGAGAAUAAUUGUUUUCCUUCAAUUAAGUAUGUCAAGAUUGUAUAAAAUGACUUUUAUUUUCAAGUUUACGUAAGUUUACAUUGUUCGAGUUAAUUUAAACAUAAACUAUUUACGAAAUACAUGCCAAAGUUCUAGAACACGGGACUGGUUUCAUCUUAUUAUAUAUAUAUUUUCAUGUAUUUUUCGAAAUAGGUAUUAUUUCAGGCGUUACAGAUACAGUACAAAGUAGUCCUACUAUAGAAUGACGGUACGUUGUAAAGAUUAUUUCUUUUCGAACGAGCGCAAAUUUCAUUUUGAUGCCCGAACUCGACGUCGGACGAUAAGAUCUUGGCUUUGUGUACCCUCGUUAUGUCCCCAUUCAACUCUAUCAUGAAUGGUUUUUCGUGAAAUUUUGCUAGCAGACAUAGUCUUUGAGGAAUACAGUCUAGAAACUUCGGUACGUUUAAUUUACAGUCUUGAAUAACAUGAAUUAUAAGAUAACAAUCUUUGGCGUAAUUUGCAUUGUAUAUUUGAAUUGGUAACUAGCAUGAUCAUAUGAUUAAACACAAAUCUCUAACUUAGAGUUGGUUGCGUCAUUCAACUUUGACGUUUACUUAAACGUUUAGAUAAAAUGAUGUACUUUGAGCUUUUGUGCGCAGGUUACAGUUAACGUAAAAUUGACUCGUGCAACCGGCUUAAGUACGGUUAAGCAUUAUUUAUCUGGUACUGAGGAAAUCAUUGCUUUAUGGACAGCCUAGUAAAAGUAUAACUUUAAAUAUAAACUUGUAAGCAUAAGCCGUGUUUCUAUUUUUAUUCAUGAACGUAACAAGUUAUGGUCACAGCGAAUUUUGCUUUUUAAUAUUUCAUUCAUUCAGUCCUCAUUCUAUUUUGACUUUCCAGUUUAUGAUGAAAAAUAUUUUAAAUAUUACGACUGUAACAUUUCUGUGAAUUUGUUACGUAACUUACAUAAAAUUUCUAACUUAUUUGUGCAAGAUUAAAAGAAAAUUCUCAUUUUAUUCUUAUUUUGUCAAAGGUACACUCGCAAAUAUUUUUUUAAAGGAAUAUUAGUUUUAAAUAAAUGUCUAAUAUUUUUACAAUGUAGGAUUAUAAUCGUAUUAUAUUAAAAAAAAAAUAAUUUACUUAUUAUAAUUUAUACUUAUGUUCUCAUAUUUUUUAAAUCUAAUUACUAUAAUAAUAAUAGUGUUUUCUGAAAAUUGGUCGCAAUUCCAUGGUGUGCAUGCAGCCGUGCCUCGAAUCGUGCUGCAUGAAAUUAUAGAAAAAACAAGGCCCCUACAUGUUGGACCCAUGUCCCCAUGUCCCCAUGCAAGCCUCAAUGAACCGGGCCACGGCCCGUGAAUUACUAGAGGCAACAUAUUAAUAAAAUGAAGAAAUAAAAAUGCAAAUUAAAUGAACAUUGUAACAUUUGUUUCAGAUAUAUAAAUAUUGUUAUUUAAAUUAUGUGUACAUGUUUCUGUGUGCUUCCAGGUUACAUGUAGUGUAGAAUUAUAAUUGUAUGUUGGUAAAGUUAGUAAAAAACCGACUAAUUCGACCAUUUUCAAAAAUAAUCUGUCACAUUAAAAUAUCAUUGGGCAAUUAACCAAAUAGGUUCUAUCGAUCUAUCUCAUCUCCGUAUAUUCCCGGUUGCGUUCAGGGUUGUGACGCCGCGAAGCCCAGGGUCAGGGUUAAAAAUAACCUUGAAAUUUUGAAAAUCGGCUGCCCGCCUUAUAUCAACCCGCCUUAGGAAUGCUAUUGUUGUCUAUCAGCUGCCACCAGAGGUACCUAGAAUCUGGUUAUUAAACAUUGAAAUAAGUCACAAAGAUCUAAAUAAUGUUAAUAUACUCGUGUAAGAGGAAUCGGUUAAAAUGCAAAUAUUUACGCGAAAAUGAGGCGCGUUCCGUCUCAUUUUCUUUGUCAAUUUGACAGUUUAUUGAUGUAAUUUAACAGUUUCAUGUUAGAUUGUAAUAUGAAAAAUUGCGAUAAAUUGUCAUUAGUGUCCUAAAGUCCACAAUUUCACGACAGUCUUGCGAGAUUGUAAACUAAGAGCGUUGGUAAUUUCAUAGUAACUUAAUAUGUUCAAUUUUUUUCUAUCGAAAAUUCAAAUUCAAAUCAUUUAUUCAGAAAUUAGACCUUCACAGGCAUUUGUUCACGUUAAUUUACAUUAAAUAAUUAUUUCUCACAAGCUACAAACUCUGACUAAUCUUGUUCGAUUGAGACUGUCCCUAUGAAUACAGAAUCAUUAACAGAAUCAUAAAAAAAAACGUCAGGCUGCCUCGAACAUAACUGGUUAAAUUACAUGGCCCUUCUAAUCUUCUGAUUACCUUGAAACUAUGAUGUUACUUUUGGACUAAAUUCAUUGGCUGGGUUGAACCAGUCAACUUUGACGUUAAUCCGCACAGAACGCCAUUUUAUCUAGCGCAAACGUUAACGUCAAAUUUGACUAGUGCAACGUUGUAAAUAUAUUCUUAAUAGUAUUUUUAUCUUGUAUGUAUGGUAGAUAAAUGUAUGCGGUAUAAUAGUGGACAGUAACCGUAAGAUUUCGUAUAAAAUAUUGAGUUGAUUUUACGAGUUUGUUUUAACUUUGAAUCAUAUAAAAACAGUAUUAGAUUUGGUGUAAAUUGUUGACAUGAAAAUAUAAAAGUAUUAGGGCUAAUUAAAAAUAUUAAAAAGUAAUUUAGCAUAAUAAGCUUUAAUAUGGUUAUUUUCAUAAUUGUAUUGCGGCCAAUUCUAAUUUCAUUGGCAUUGCAUUUAUUUUUCGCAGGUAUUCAUGACUGAGGCGUUUACCCCAAAUAAUGGGUAUAUCUAAUUCUGGUAUUAUGUGAAGGCCAUUUAAUAUUUUUUUUGUAUAUAUAUAUAUAUUUUAAUAUAUUUUUAUUAAAAUAUAUGUUAUUGUUCCAACUUAAAAACAUACUUAUAAACAAAUGGCGAACUUAAUACCAAAAUCAUAUUUCGUUUACAGCUAAUUUGGAAAUGUUCGCCUAUUCCUCAAGAAAGAAUUCGAUAAAGGAAUAUGUUUUACAAAUAAAUCAUAACAAUAUUAUAUCAAUUUCACACAUUUCGUUUACAAAUACACUAUAUAAUAUUUUAUAAACACAUAAAUUUCCUUCAUUGUAAAACUAUAGCUGUAACCGAAGUGUAACCACCCCAAAUAUAUUGUACCUAAUGUAAGUUGUACAAAUACGGUAAUUCUGAGCUACUUGUUAAUUGUGCACACAUUUAAUAAAACAUAAGUAAAUUA